ACAGCGCCUUGUGGUGGUCCUCACCUUUCUCUCGCGGCCGUCUCCUUCUCUCAUUGCUUGUCUCUCGCUUCUGCUCUGACGCCUUUACCUUCCGUCCGUCCUUCCUUCCUUCCUCUCCGUGUCCCCCAAAACAAGCCGACGGCGACCCGUUGCUACCCGACAAACUUACCCACCUCAUCGAUUCCUCCUUCGUCCUUCCCGCUUCCCUAUCUUCCCGUAAAAUUCUCAUCCGUCACCGGCUGUUCCCGGUGCCCCGCGCCAUCCUCUCCUCGACCUAACCACCAAUAAAUUUACUCCCGUCCCUCCGUCCCGCCUUCCCCGUCAACCCACAACGCGCCCACUGAACCAACGGCGGUGAUGCGUCGUCGCCCCCAUGGACCCCGCCUUUUCGCACCCCAAUCAGCGCGAGAACGUCGGCGCACGCGUCUACCGGCGACUUCCGCUCUCGUGCUCUUCACGUGCCUCCCUUCCCUCGCCAGCCGGCGCCCCUCCCUUCCUCGCCGCUCCCCCACCUUCUUUUAUUCCUCUUUCUCUCUCUGUCUCCUUCCGUCAACAACACGGCAACCGAAUAAGAAGGGCAAACAUCAAGGAGGGAGGGGGAGAGAGAGAGAGAGAGAGGCGAUUGAAUCGGAGACGGAUCUCUGGGAGUUUGCGGUAGAUCGAUCUGAUGGAGAGGAAGGAAGGGGGGCCGUAUCGGCCGCCGAACCCGGCCUUGCCCUACCGGGAGGAUUGCUGGAGCGAGGGGGAGACGUCGGCGUUGGUGGACGCCUGGGGCGACCGCUACCUCGACCUCAACCGCGGCAACCUCCGCCAGAAGCACUGGCAGGAGGUCGCCGAUGCCGUCAACUCCCGCCGCGGAGCCGCCGGACGCCGCCCGCCUCGCACCGACGUCCAGUGCAAAAACCGCAUCGAUACCCUCAAGAAAAAGUACAAGAUCGAGAAGGGAAGGAUCGCAUCCGGCUCGGUUGCGGCCGUCAGCCAGUGGCCUUUCUUCUCACGUCUUGAUACCCUCAUCGGAUCGUCCGUCGCCGCCGUCCCCACUGCACACUCGGUGAAGAAGCGCGCUUUGUCGCCCCCUCUUGCUUUGGCGCUCCCAUACCACCGAAAGGGCGCGCCUUUGCCUGUCGCGACAUCCUUACUGCCGUUUGAUUGGAAGGAAAAACGCCCAACAGCCGCCGCCCUUGCUGUCGAUGACUCAAUCUUCUGGCGGGCGGCGGCGGCGGCGGCAGCGGCAGAGGAGGAUGAUGAGGAGGAGGAAGAGGAAGCGGAGGAGGAUGUUGGGUCGCCAUCCGGGUCUUCAGAAAGAAGAUGCAAGAGGGCUUUGGAGAGGGAGGGAAACGAGAUCCGUGAGCUUGCUAGGGCGAUAGAGAGAUUUUCUGAUAUAUACGAGAAUGUUGAGGUGGCGAAGCAGCAGCAGAUGAUGGAAAUGGAGAAGCAGAGAAUGGAGUUCGACAAGGAGCUAGAGUUCCAGAGGAUGCAGAUGUUUGUGGAUUUACAAGUUCAGCUGGCCAAGAUUAAGCGCACCAAGUGAUCUGAUACUGGUGGUUUACAUGUAGAAAUAACUCAAUUAAUUACGUCACUACUUGGAUGCAUGUUCAAUCUAUCCUACCCUCGUCCGAGUGGAGGUGUUUGUGUUUUUAUUUAUUUAUUGUUCGGCAUCAUCAGAACCAUCGAAUUAUAAGAUAGCUGUAGUUGGUUUGGUAAUUUAACUUGAGACAGAUGCUUGUCUGCACCACCCAGUAGAAGUGACUUUUCCUUUUGUUAAACAUAAUUUGCUGAACUAGAUUCUGUCUCGUGGAAGUUUUCGUGAUUUCAAUAGUAUCUUUUUGGUUGCCUAA